CGAGGCCGAGGACGAGGCCACCCACGUGCCCUUGUCCGAGUGCCUGGCCGCGGCGCUGGAGGCGAGGGGUCCGGGCUUGAUCUGCCCUGAGCCGUGUACCCCUUGCCCGGCCUGCGAGGCAGGCGAGGCGAGCUGGACGCUCCAGCUGGGCAUCGGGCUGCUGGCCUACCUGCUGCUGGAGGCGCUGAAGGCGGUGGUGGGCUUGGCUUCGAGCGCGGCGCGGGCUGUCCUGCCGGCGGCGCGUGCGGGGCCUGCUGCCCUCAGCGAGCCGACGCUGGACCAGGGCGUGGCGCCGGACCUCGACAAGCUCGCGGCCGAGCAGGCCAAGGCCAGCCGGGGCCGCAGCCGCUACAUCCUGACGCCGGACUUCGACGACUACGACGAGCCGAACGCGCCGGGGCCUGACGUGGCGGCGGUGGUCCGCCUGGCCGGGCAGGGUGCCAACCCUCCAGGCCUUGCGGGCGGUCACGUGUACCGCUUCCGGCGGCUCCCGACAGCUGCGGAGGCCUGGGGCGCGGUGGGGCGAGCAGUGGCAGCCGGCUUCCCGCCGCCGCCCCCGGGAGCGUUGAUGCUGGACCUCGCGGCCGGCAAUAUCCUCGGGGUGGCGGCCGGACAGCACGCGCUGGCCAACCCGGCUGCGGCAGCGGCGCCGGCCCCAGCGGCUGCUGGCGCGCUGGUCGCUGCGCCGGCCGCUGCCGCGCCCGCCGCCGCCGGCGCGGCAGGAGGCGGUCUCGCCGGCCUCGUGGCUGCCCUCGGCGGCCCCGCAGGCGGGCCUGGGGCGGCGGCGGCUGCUGGCGCGCCGGCCGCUGCGGGAGCACUGGCCGCUCCUGCUGUGGAUCCGGGCGCGGCGGCGCCAGCCGCAGACGCGGCGCCUGCCGCCGCUGGAGGUGCUGCCCCAGCCGCGCCGGCGGCGCCUGCCGUGGUCGGCGUCGGGCCCGCCGCCGCCAACGCGCCUGAUCUGCGCGUGCUGGCCGCCACCCAUGAUGGGCGUGGCCAGCGGUUCUUGGACUUCCGCGAGGGCCUGCUGGCGCAGUCGGAGCACGCGUGGGCCGACUUCCCUGUCAGAGGACCGCGGACCACGCACUGGGUGCUGCAGUACAUCCAGCGGCACGGCGGUACGCCGCUCGCGCGGCAUUCGCGCUGGAGGAGCGAGAACGGGCUCGAUCCAGAUGACGCUGGGGUCGAGGUUCACUUGCUGUGCAGUCGCCUCUUGGAGACCAUGAUCUCGUACGAUCAGCUAAAUGCCUGUGACUUGGCUUGUGCCGAGCUGAUC